AUUCUCCAGGUAAAGCCUCACCUGCAGGAACCGCCCAGGGAAAAGGCGAUCACUGGGAGCAACUGAGACUGCACCGGGGGAGGCUGAGACUGCCCUGAGAGUGGGGAGAGACCCAAUAUACUGGGGUUCGGACUGAGACUGCCCCCCCCCCCCACACACACGCACACACAAGGAAGGGGAGAUUGAGACUUCAGGAUUAAUUGCCCCACUGGGGGAGAAACUAAAACUUCCUGGGUGGGAGAGAGAGACACCCUGCCUGGAAUGUGAGUGAGACACUCAGCCUGGGAAGAGCAACAGUCUGAGACUCCGGGGAGGAGACAGGAGACAUCCACAAUGGGCAGUAAGGAGCGAUACCAUUGGCAGACGCAGAAUGUGCGCCAGAGCGGGGUGGACGACAUGGUUCUGCUCUCCAAGAUCACCGAGGAGGCCAUCAUGGAGAACCUGAAGAAGCGCUACAUGGACGACUACAUCUUCACAUAUAUUGGCCCCGUGCUGAUCUCUGUUAACCCUUUCAAGCAGCUGCCGUACUUCACCGACCGAGAGAUCGAGAUGUACCAGGGAGCGGCCCAAUACGAGAACCCGCCCCACAUUUACGCGUUGGCCGAUACCAUGUACCGUAACAUGCUGAUAGAUGGAGAGAACCAGUGCGUGAUCAUCAGUGGGGAAAGUGGCGCCGGGAAGACGGUGGCGGCCAAAUACAUCAUGGGCUACGUCUCCAAGGUUUCCGGCGGGGGCCCCAAAGUGCAGCACGUAAAGGAUAUAAUCCUGAAGUCCAACCCCCUGCUGGAGGCAUUCGGCAACGCCAAGACCGUCAGGAACAACAACUCCAGCAGAUUUGGCAAAUACUUUGAGAUCCAGUUCAGUCGGGGGGGGGAGCCGGACGGGGGCAAAAUCUCCAACUUCCUCCUGGAAAAAUCCCGCGUCGUCAGUCAGAACUCGGGAGAGAGGAGCUUCCAUAUAUUCUACCAGCUCCUGGAGGGGGCAUCGGCCGAGGAUAAGGAGAAUCUGGGCGUCACCUCCCCCGAUUACUAUUUCUAUCUCAACCAAUCGGCCGUCUAUCACGUGGAUGAUGUCAGCGACAAAAAGGAGUUUGCAGAGACCAUGCUCGCCAUGGAUGUGGUGGGACUGGGCCCUGACACCCAGACGUCGGUGCUACAGAUUGUGGCGGGAAUCCUCCAUCUUGGGAACGUCGCCUUCACUGAGAGCGGGAACCAUGCCGUGGUGGAAAGCCAGGACUUCCUGGCAUUCCCUGCCUACCUCCUUGGCAUAGACCAGGCCAGGCUGCAGGACAAACUGACCAGCAGGAAGAUGGACAGUAAAUGGGGCGGGAAGUCGGAAGUGAUUGACGUGACGCUGAACGCUGAGCAGGCCUGUUUCACCCGCGACGCCCUCGCCAAGGCCCUGUAUACCCGCCUCUUCGACUUCCUGGUGGAGGCCAUCAAUAAAGCAAUGAGGAAGGACACGGAAGAGUAUAACAUUGGGGUGCUGGAUAUAUACGGCUUCGAGAUAUUCCAGAAAAACGGCUUUGAGCAAUUCUGCAUCAACUUUGUGAAUGAGAAACUGCAGCAAAUCUUCAUUGAACUGACGCUGAAGGCAGAGCAGGAGGAAUACGUGCAGGAAGGGAUCCACUGGAACCCCAUCGAGUAUUUCAACAACAAAGUGGUGUGUGACCUGAUAGAGAGCAAAGUGAGCCCCCCGGGGGUAAUGAGCAUCCUGGACGACGUGUGUGCCACCAUGCAUGCCAAGGGGGAGGGCGCCGACCAGACCCUCCUACAGAAACUGCAGUCGGCCAUUGGCAGCCACGAGCACUUCAACAGCUGGAACAGGGGCUUCAUCAUCCACCAUUACGCCGGGAAGGUGUCGUAUGAUGUGAGUGGGUUCUGUGAGCGGAACCGGGAUGUUCUGUUUGUUGAUCUGAUUGAGCUGAUGCAGAGCAGUGAGAUACCUUUCAUCAGGGAACGAUUCCCAGAAAACCUCAACGCUGAGAAGAAGGGGCGUCCGAGUACGGCCGGGAGCAAAAUCAAGAAACAAGCCAACGAUUUGGUACAGACCCUGAUGAAGUGCACCCCGCAUUACAUUCGAUGCAUAAAACCCAAUGAGACCAAGAAACCACGGGACUGGGAGGACAGCAGAGUGAAACACCAGGUGGAAUAUUUGGGGCUCCGAGAGAACAUCCGGGUGCGCCGUGCCGGCUACGCCUACCGUAGAGUGUUCCAGAAGUUCCUGCACAGGUACGCCAUCUUGACCCGGGAGACGUGGCCCCAAUGGCGCGGCGAUGAGAAGAAAGGCGUGAUGCAUCUGCUGCGCUCGGUCAAUAUGGACUCGGAUCAGUACCAGCUGGGCAGGACCAAAGUAUUUAUUAAAGCCCCGGAGUCGCUCUUCUUACUGGAGGAGAUGCGAGAGCGCAAGUACGAUAAUUACGCCCGCGUCAUCCAGAAAGCCUGGCGCAAACACACGGCGGUGCGCAAAUACAUCCGAAUGCGCGAGGAAGCCUCCAGUAUCGUCCUGAACCAGAAGGAACGGCGCCGGAACAGCAUCAACCGCAACUUCGUGGGCGAUUACAUUGGCAUGGACGGGCGCCCCGAGCUGCGCCAGUUUGUGGGGCGCAGGGAGAGGAUCGACUUUGCCGACGUUGUUACCAAAUACGACCGCAGAUUCAAGACGCUGAAACGUGACUUGGUCCUGACACCAAAGUUCCUGUAUCUGAUUGGUCGCGAGAAGGUAAAACAGGGACCAGACAAGGGUCAGAUUAAGGAGGUUCUGAAGAGGAAGAUUGAGCUGGAGAACAUUCAGUCGGUGUCGCUGAGCAAAUUGCAGGACGACUUCAUCAUCCUCCACGAGGGGGCGUACGACAGCGCGCUGGAGGGGGUAUUUAAGACGGAGUUUCUCAGCCUUUUGUACAAACGCUACGAGGAGAAGACGCAUCGGAAACUGCCCAUCAAAUUCGGCCUCCAGCUGGAGUUCAAGGUGAAGAAGGAAGGGUGGGCACCAUGGGGGGCGGCAGGAACCCGACAGAUCCAGUUCCAGACUGGAAUAGGGGACAUGGCGCUGACCAAGGCCAAUGGGAAGGUUCUGAUUGUCACCAUUGGGCCGGGAUUGCCCCCCAACUCACGGCCCACCCGUAAGGAUAACCGGAAGAGCCAGUACAUGGGCAGCGCGCCGGCCGGAAACCAGAGGGCCAAUGGGGGCAAUAAGAAGAGCUCGCGCCCCCCCAUGUUGCAGAGAAUGUCAUUCACAUCCAGGCAGAGUGUGGAGCAACCAACCUUACCCAGACAAGGGGCAAGCCCUCGAGCCAAGGCUCCGCCCACACAGGCCAACCUGGACUUCAUGAAUGUUCCGGAUCAGGGCGCCGCGGGAAUCCACAGGAGGCGUUCCAAGGAGGUCAAGCCCAUCCCCGGUGGUGGAAGGUCCAAGCCCGCCCCCGCCCCCAAGCCCCAGCCCUCCCUGCCCCGCUGCCGGGCACUCUAUGCCUACGAUGCCCAGGACACCGACGAGCUGAGCUUCAACGCCAACGACGAGCUGGAGAUCGUCAGGGAAGAUCCCUCAGGUUGGUGGCAGGGGCGGAUCCGGGGCAGAGAGGGGCUGUUUCCGGGCAAUUAUGUGGAGAAGCUCUAACAGCACCCCCCCAGGCUUCUGAUCCUCGACUUGGGGGGUCUCCCUGUCCGGCUGAUCCAGAACCUCCCCAGAGGUACCGCCGACUCCGCAAAGUGGCGCCGCCGCCGCGCCCGGAUUUGUGUACAGAAACCGAGCGACUUUUUAAUGUGUUUUUAGCUUUUUUUAAAACAAAUUUUGCUAUUUUUUUAAUACAUAAGGGGCCCCGUGUAACUGUGGGGCAGGAGCAGGGGCUGUAGGGGCAGGAGCAGGGGCUGUAGGGGCAGAUGCACUAAGCCGCCAAUUGCACGUAACCCACAAACAUUUCAUGGACUUGGGACACAAAGCGUUAAAGUUCUAAUAUUUACCCCUCAUUUUAUCUGCCCCCCCCCUAUCAUUAUUGCCCCUACAGCGACCAUGAUCCUUCCCAUCUCUAACUCACCAAAUAAACCAAAUUGUACCCUG